UUAUUUGGUUUUCCCCUGCUAAAACUUUUCCCCUCACUUUCGUCGCCGAUUCCACACUUCUCCGGCGAAACUAGAAAAAGCGACAAAACCAGAGAGAAAAGGCGACGAGUUCAAAAUUCCGAUGAGGGCCCCGAAGACGCCGAUCAACACCGUGUCGACAUGGGUCCGGCGCCAACCGCCGAAAGUGAAAGGCUUUCUGGCCGUGGUGGCGGGCAUGGCGGCUCUGGUUUUGCUCCGAUUCGUCGUUCACGAUCAUGAUAACCUCUUCGUCGCAGCUGAGGCUGUCCACUCCGGCGGAAUCUUAGUCCUCAUCUAUAAGCUCAUGAAGGAGAAGACUUGCGCCGGGCUGUCACUGAAAUCGCAGGAGCUUACAGCAAUGUUCUUAGCUGUGAGAUUGUACUGCAGUGUUGUUAUGGAAUAUGACAUACACACUUUGCUUGAUUUAGCUACACUGGUGACCACCCUCUGGGUUAUUUAUAUGAUCCGGUUUAAUUUGAAGUCUAGUUAUAUGGAGGACAAAGACAACUUUGCAAUAUACUAUGUGGUGGCACCAUGUGCUCUACUAGCUUUGUUUAUACAUCCGUCAACUUCUCAUCAUUUAUUGAACAGGAUUUCCUGGGCCUUUUGUGUAUAUUUAGAAGCUGUUUCAGUACUGCCCCAGUUGAGGGUGAUGCAGAAUACAAAGAUUGUUGAGCCAUUCACAGCUCAUUACGUGUUUGCACUUGGUAUUGCAAGGUUCCUGAGCUGUGCCCAUUGGGUUCUCCAGGUAUUGGAUACUCGCGGACACUUGCUCGUGGCCUUGGGGUAUGGGUUGUGGCCUUCUAUGGUUCUUAUUUCGGAAAUCGUCCAGACUUUCAUAUUAGCAGACUUCUGCUACUACUAUGUCAAAAGUGUUUUCGGAGGACAGCUUGUUCUUCGUCUUCCUUCUGGAGUGGUAUGAUUUCAAUCUGCUUGUGCUGUGGUCUAUGAGCACACUGUCGUCAACACUUAACUUAGCUAGCAUGUUUGUUCAUCCUUAUUUAGUUCCCCUUUUUGCUCUCCACAAGUUUCUAGUUCUGUCUUUCUAUGAGAAAAAAAAAAAAAUCACAACUGGAGAUGAAGUGGGUUGCUUGUAAAGUUGGGGAUGGAUGGAGUGAACUAAAAUUUGUAUUUAUAAUUUAGACAUGAUUUGGUUCCACUUUUUCUAUGGGUGUUAACAUUUUGUUAAAGCUUUACCAUCGGCUUCGAUGAUUUACAUCCCCAUGAUCUGCGGAAGCAUAUAAUCUACAGUUGUCUGGGUCAAGUCUGUUGUGGUUCCUGGGUUAUUAGUAGUAGAGAUAUAUACAUUAUUGGAGAUAAUAUUGCCUGGUCAUAUAAUUCAAAACUCCACAACACAAUUGUCUGCCAUCUGCCCUCAAUCUCAGUGGAUUCCUAUGGGUUCUUUGGGUUACUGAUAAGUGAUAACCUACCAUUACAUCUUUUGGCUGAGAGAACCUGAUCAUUUUUUGUUGGUGUGGAUAACCAAACCCACUUUUAGACAUCCUAGCACUACAACUCCACUAACUACCUUUUUGUUAUUUGUUGCCUAGUGCCUAAGCCACUUCUCUU